CGAAUGUGAUGUACAGAAAACUUCGUACAACUACCACGAGUCCGUAGUAUUGAUUCGUUACAUCUUUUUGGAACGCCUUUCUUUCUUUCUUCUUCUGUAACACCUCGGCAGGACCAGUACAUGUACAUAUACAACAAACAUCAACAAAAUAAGACGACAACGUUAAGGGACGAUAGAAGACACAAUAUAAUAUCGUUGGUUUGUAUUUCACCAGGACGAACUUGAGCAUCGUAUUAGUACCUGUGUAUUCCCUACGGAUACUCCACACACCAGAACACCGUCGGUCCUGACGGCCAUUCUCCCCGGAAAACACCAAGAGGAGGCCAAAAAAAGAGUCAUCAAAACACUGGUAGACAUCUCGACUAAAAAGUCAUGAGAGGUGUCUGCCUUGUACAUUGUUAACGGAUCGAGAGAAGAGGGGCGAGACGCAGAUACCUGAUUUUUGGUUUCAAAAGCCCGAAAAAAAGAAAGAAAACGAACAUGACGUCCCACGACGACACCAUAGAGCGAGGAGACGUGGCUCUCUCCCGACCACGGUCAUCCUUCUCGUCAUCAUCACCCCAUGUCCACGAAAAAAUCGAGGUCGAAAGCAUCGUUUCCAACGAAGAGCCAUUACCGGAAUUGGAACCUCCACCACAUCAUCACAAACACCAACACCACCGGGACGACAACGGCGACGACGACGACGACGACAACCUCGAUCACGACAUCACGUACGAAUACCUGACGUUCGACACCGAGGUCCCGCCGUUGCCGGGCCUCGACCUGCGCAAGUACGAAUCCGCGCUGACGUGGUCCCCGGCGCACAAGACCACCAUCUUGAUCCUCUGCUGCUUCUGCACCUUCUUCGCCGCCUACUCGGCCGGCAGCUACUCGAUCGCCAGCGUGCCCCAGCGGGCCAAGUGGCACCUGUCCCAGACGGCCUUCAACACGGGCGUGACGGCGUGGGCGCUCGGGUUCGCCGCGUCCCCCAUGUUCCUCGCCCCCUUCUCCGAGAUCAACGGCCGCCGGCCCGUGUUCCUGGGCAGCGCCGUCGUCUUCCUCGCGGCCCUGAUCGCCUGCGCCACCACGCCCUCCUUCGCCGGCAUGCUGGUCGCGAGGUUCUUCGUGGGCGCCGGCGCCAGCACCUUCUCCACCAUGAUCGGCGGCGUCCUGAGCGACGUCUACACCAACGAGGACCGCAACACCCCGAUGGCCGUAUACUCCGGCUUCGCCCUCGCCGGCACCGCCGUGGGCCCCUUGUGCAGUGGCUUCAUCGUCGGCCAGGGGGUGAGUUACCGGUGGGUUUACUAUCACCAGAUCAUCGGUGUGGGGGGACUGUUGGUCGUGGUGUAUUUCUUCUUUAAAGAGUCGAGGGGGUCGGUUUUACUCAGUCGGAAAGCCAAAGCCAUCAAUCACUAUUUCGAUAAGGUGGAUACGUCAUCCACCACCACCACCAUCAACAACAACAACACUGGUACUGGUGCUGACAUGGACAAGGUCAAGAUUGAAAAGGCAGAGGUAGAGCAGGAAAAGGGUAAAGAUUUAUCAUCAUCAUCAUCAUCAUCACCGGCGGCAGGGCCAGAGACAAAUCCACAGUCAUACAGACACACACCACCAACAACAACAACAAGAACAACAACGCAACGUAUCCGUUACAAGGUCGCCGCCGACGAAUCCCGUUCGUCCCUUUCGCACAUGCUUUAUCUUUCGCUCACGAUCCCUUUCAAACUCAUGUUCACCGAGCCCGUCGUGUUCUUUUUCAGUCUCUGGGCCGCCUUCGCCUGGGCUCUGCUGUACAUGACCUUUUCCGUGAUCCCCCUCGUUUUCAGCACCCGCCACGGUUUCGACACCGAACAGUCGGGCGCCGUGUUUUCGGCGAUCGCCAUAGGAUCCAUCCUCGCCACCGUCGUGUCGGUUUUCCAGGAACGGAUCGCCAAGAGACACUGGCCGAAACUCCUCACUUCCUCCCCCGAGGGCCGGCUGUACUUUGCCUGCCUCGAGGCCGCCCUGUUGCCCGUGGGGCUGUUCUGGUUCGGCUGGACGACCUUUUCGAGCGUCCACUGGAUCUCCCCGGUCCUGGCCUUGGGUUGCGCCCAGGUGGGGAUCUUUGCCAUCUACCUCGCCGUCUUCAAUUACCUGGCCGACGUCUACCAUCGGUACGCCUCGAGUGCUCUGGCCGCCCAGGGUUUCGCCCGGAACCUCUUCGCCGCCGUUUUCCCCCUGUUCACCGACCAAAUGUUCAGACGCCUGGGCUACCCGGCCGCCAGCAGCCUGCUGGGCGGCAUCGCCGCGAUCUUGACCGCCGUCCCUUGGGUCUUGUUGUUCAACGGGGAGAAGAUCAGAGCCCGGAGCAAAAUCGCCAGACAGAUCAUGUCGAAUCAGAAUGGUUCUUGAUUCCAAGGGGCCAGAUACCUCACAAGGACCGGAUCAUUUGAUAUUAUUGGGUACGCGUCGAUGCUCUCCUACCUGUCAUGGGCUUCGAUCAAGGAUGGCUGGUCUCGCGACCGCGAGAAUUCAAGCCGAUCACUGAUGUAUAUACUUGUAUUUGUACGUACUUGUAUAUAUAAAUGUACAUAAUGCACUACAAUACAUAUACAUAACUAAUAUUCCUUC